GCCUGAGGACACUGAAAUCUCAGCGGUGAUUCCUAUUCCUACCAUGGGUUGUUUCACGGUGAUCCGCGCCGUGGCUGUGAGGCUUUGUUUUGCGGCCCAUUCCACCCUGGCGGUAUGGAGAGUAUACCUGGUCACCAAGGAUGAGAUCUAUUGGUACUUGCUGUGUGCCCUGGGGACACAGUUCAUAGAGGGGAUGGUGACACUGUUGAAGAGAGACGACGAGUGGAAGUGGUUCUGUCCGAGCGUCUUUUUCUACCUGUCUGGAGUGAUUCCGUCCAUUUGGUUCCUAGAGCUCUACAAUCUUCAGAUCCUCGGGACAGGAAAUAGUACCUUUAACCACACCGGAGUUAACGACUCAUUGCAGGACUUAACAGCAACAAUCAAGGAACUUGGGCUUGAGAUUAGGAUACCACUGAAGCUAUCGAGUGACCAGUGGCUGAAGUUCCUAGAGCAAGGCCUGUUGUUAAUGUUAAUUCUAGGGAGGUGGGUACUGCCCAAGGGCAAGCUGACCCACGACCAACUCUCCCAGUUACUGCUCGUUUACAUUGGCACGGCGGCGGACAUAGUCGAGUUCUUUGAGGCUUUUAAAGAAGACGUGGUACGUCGUACAUGGUACCUUGCCUAUGCGGUACUUUCCAUUUGGACAUGGAGCCUCUUACAAUUCACCAUGGUCCUCACAGCCACUAAGGCCCGCAAGGAUCAAUCCGGUCUCCUUCCCGGGAUCCAUACCCAUAUAGACAAACACCAGUGCUGCUCUUCUGACGUCUACGGCAUAAUGAUUUCUAUCAUAAUGCAAGACGCGCCAUUUUUAUCUCUACGCCUUUUGCUUAUAUUUUACUACGGCGUCGUAAGUUAUACCAAUUUUUUCUUUACGUCUAAGAACGCGUUGGUGAUGCUGCUACUUAUUUAUAGACUGAUUAUGGUUCAGUUGGAAAGGAAGAGAGAAAGACGGAAAGCAAAUUUGAAAAUGUCUGAGAGUCGAACGUUGUUAAUGGCGCACCGGCGCUCCAACAGCACGGAUACGUCGCUAAGCAGUCGGCAAACGUCCUAUAGGAACGUCAGAAGCACGCCAAACAUGCAGAGGCUCCAAAGCUCCAAUAGCACGACCACGAUGAACAGCUUCUCGAACACAAACAGUCACUUGCCACAAACAAAAAGCAUGACUAACAUGAACAACCAGCUACGCAUUCCCAGAAACCAAAGCGUCGGUAGUACUAUAAGCCUUCCCCCGCCGAAGAAAAUCUCAUCUGCUUCAUCGAACAACGGCGUGCCGCAGCCGGUAUGGAAGAUGAAGUAUUCCCCGGUACCGCAACGGGAGGCAAGGAUUAAUAAGAACAUUAAUACUGUACUUUGAUGAUUUAGCUAGCGUAGCUCAGGAUGGUGCAAGUGUCCGAUGCACAAUGUUCAUAUUGCCUACACGCAUUAUUGUUGGAUAUCAAUAAAGGUGAACGAUUAUACCAACAUCGUUAAUGGACAAAAUCGAUCGAUAACACUGACGAAACAAAGAAAGCGCACCUGAUCACAAUAAAAGAAAAAAAAUUACCCAGUUAUGGCAUGGGUUUUUCUUGAAACAGAUGCAUUCUACGAUACUAGAGAAUAUUGACGUUUUCGGUGUAUUUUACUUUGCGGUGAUUAAUGGUGUAAUGUGAAGCGUGUAGUGAUGACGUUUACGGAAAAUAAAGCUCUAUUACGUAACGGAUAUGCUGAUGACGUAAAAGGGAAAUAAGUAUGAAGAAAACCCCAUGGUUGUGUAAUUUUUGUUAAAUUAAAUGAUAGCAAAGUAUGAAGGAAAAAGCAAUCAGUUUAUUUGUACGUAGCAUGCAAUGAUGUUUUAUAUGGUGU